GCGCAAGCGUGACGUAGGACGUUUCUUGCGCACGCAGUAUAAAGUCUUGUUGUCUGACGUCAACUGUCUCUUCCCUGCCUACGCCUGUGUGAGGUGGGCAGUGUAAAACUUGCUCUGUUUUUCACCAAGCGAAUCCACAACCAUCCGCAAAAAUGGUGAACUUCACCAUAGACCAGAUCCGUGCCAUCAUGGACAAGAAGGCAAACAUCCGUAAUAUGUCUGUGAUUGCGCACGUUGAUCAUGGAAAGUCUACGUUGACUGACUCGCUGGUGUCCAAGGCCGGUAUCAUCGCCUCAGCUCGUGCUGGAGAAACUCGCUUUACUGACACACGUAAAGAUGAGCAAGAGCGGUGCAUCACCAUCAAAUCAACUGCAAUCUCCAUGUACUACGAGUUGUCCGAUGAUGAUUUGGCCUUCAUCAAACAGGGCAAGGAUGGCUCAGGUUUCUUGAUCAACUUGAUUGAUUCCCCUGGACACGUGGAUUUUUCUUCAGAGGUGACCGCUGCCCUGCGUGUCACUGAUGGGGCCCUCGUUGUUGUAGACUGUGUGUCAGGUGUCUGUGUGCAAACUGAGACAGUGCUCCGUCAAGCCAUUGCUGAACGCAUUAAGCCUGUCCUCAUGAUGAACAAAAUGGACCGUGCCUUGUUGGAGCUGCAGCUUGAAGCAGAGGACCUUUUCCAGACAUUCCAGCGUAUCAUUGAAAAUGUAAACGUCAUCAUUGCCACAUAUGGGCUGCUACAAGGGGGACCAAUGGGAGACAUUGAGAUUGACCCUGUCAAGGGUACUGUUGGCUUUGGCUCUGGGCUCCAUGGCUGGGCAUUUACUCUAAAGCAGUUUGCUGAGACAUAUGCAAAGAAAUUUGUAAAGCCAGGUGAGAACCCAACUCCAGAAGAGAAGGCCAAAAAAGUAGAGGACCUGAUGAAAAAGAUGUGGGGUGACAGGUGGUGCGAUCCAUCUACCGGAAAGUUUAGCAAGACCAAUACUGAUGGCAAAUUGGUGCGCUCCUUUGUGUUCUUUGUCCUGGAUCCAAUCUACAAAAUGUUUGAUGCCAUCAUGAAUUUCAAGAAGGAGGAAGUGGCCAAAAUGAUUGAUAAACUGAACAUCAAGUUGGAUGCUGAGGAUAGAGACAAGGAGGGUAAACCUCUGCUGAAAGCUGUGAUGCGUCGUUGGCUGCCUGCUGGUGAGGCUCUGCUUCAGAUGAUAACCAUCCACCUGCCUUCUCCUGUCACCGCUCAGAAGUACCGUUGUGAGCUUCUCUAUGAAGGGCCCAGUGACGAUGAGGCAGCCAUGGGUAUUAAAAACUGUGACCCCAAGGCUCCAUUGAUGAUGUACAUCUCCAAGAUGGUCCCAACUUGUGACAAGGGUCGCUUUUUUGCCUUUGGUCGUGUAUUUUCUGGGGUUGUCUCAACUGGCCAGAAAGUUCGCAUCAUGGGACCAAAUUAUAUUCCUGGAAAGAAGGAGGAUCUCUACCUUAAGCCUAUUCAAAGGACCAUUUUGAUGAUGGGUCGUUACACUGAACCCAUUGAAGAUGUACCAUGUGGGAACAUUGUUGGGCUGGUUGGAGUGGACCAGUUCCUUGUGAAAACGGGAACAAUCUCAACCUUUGAGCAUGCACACAACUUGAAAGUGAUGAAGUUCAGUGUCAGCCCUGUUGUAAGAGUUGCAGUUGAGGCUAAAAAUCCUUCUGAACUGCCCAAGCUGGUUGAAGGGUUGAAGCGCCUCUCCAAGUCUGAUCCUAUGGUGCAGUGCAUCAUUGAAGAAUCUGGAGAGCACAUUGUUGCUGGGGCAGGAGAGCUGCAUUUGGAGAUUUGUUUGAAGGAUUUGGAAGAGGAUCAUGCUGGCAUUCCACUUAAAAAAUCAAACCCUGUGGUGUCCUACAGAGAGACGGUCCAGUCAGAGUCCAAUCAAAUCUGCCUGUCCAAAUCUCCAAACAAGCACAACCGUUUGUUCAUGAAGGCACGUCCUCUUGAGGAAGGUCUUCCUGAAGACAUUGACAAGGGUGAAGUUUCCGCUCGACAGGAGUUAAAGAUCCGUGCUCGUUACCUUGCUGAAAAAUAUGAUUGGGAUGUUGGUGAGGCCCGUAAGAUCUGGUGUUUUGGCCCUGAUGGAACUGGACCAAACAUUUUGGUGGAUGUUACCAAGGGAGUUCAGUACCUUAAUGAGAUUAAGGACAGUGUUGUGGCUGGAUUCCAGUGGGCAUCCAAAGAGGGUGUUCUUUGUGAGGAGAACAUGCGUGGCAUCCGUUUUGAUAUCCAUGACGUGACCCUGCAUACAGAUGCUAUCCAUCGUGGUGGUGGACAGAUCAUCCCCACUGCCCGCAGAGUACUUUAUGCUUGUCAGCUUACAGCUAAUCCCAGAAUUAUGGAGCCAGUCUAUCUGGUGGAAAUCUCGUGUCCCAGUGAGGCGAUUGGAGGAAGCUAUAGCGUCUUGACCAGGAGAAGAGGGAUUGUGUUUGAGGAGGGCAGUGUUUCUGGAACACCAAUACACGUUGUCAAGGCCUACCUACCUGUCAAUGAGUCAUUUGGUUUCACAGCUGAUCUGCGUUCAAAUACUGGUGGACAGGCCUUCCCUCAGUGUGUAUUUGACCACUGGAAGAUCCUUGAUGGAAAUCCCUUUGAGGCUACAUCCAAGCCUGGGCAGGUUGUUGCUGAGACACGCAAGCGCAAGGGGAUCAAGGAGGGUAUCCCUCCCUUGGACAACUACUUGGACAAACUCUAGAAACUUGGCUUAACUCAUUCCACAUCUAUAGAUUUUACUUAAAAUUGUGGGACUGCACAGAAAAGUGAAAUGUUUGCCAAAAUAAUUGACAAGGAUAAAACUUAAUAAAAAAUUGUAAACCUCAUAAAUAAUAAAAACAUCAAAAUUA